AUGACUAGAAAGGAGGACGGGAAGGAAAAGAAGAAGGAAGGGGAAGGAGGGGAAGCGGUAAGCAGAAAUAACCGAACACACGCACACACAGGUGAGUCAACGGUCUCGUUAGAUGGAAAUUGUACACGGAUUGCCAGUCGCAUUUCCGAUUUUGAGGUCAAUACGUUAUGGCUGUGUGCGCAACGGUUUUUAGCUGCAUUUGUGCUCUGUGGUUACUGUAGUGGCGCGGUCGCGAUACAGUAUACUGUCGUCAAGAGUGAAUCGUGGGUUUCGAACAACAACUUUAAUAAAACUUGCUUUGAAAAUGGAACAAAAAUAACAAAUUGUAUAACAGAUAACGGUUUACCGGUUCCACUGAAUUCCAAAGACGUUUUUAGCGGAGUGCUAUAUACAUGUACUGAACGUGGCAAUGGCACAGUGAUUCUAGGCCGUGAAACCCCGGGCGUCAAAUUAAUACCGAUAGGCAACCCAGAUGUUGGUUGCACAGUAAACGGUGUCUCCAAAAAACCCGGAGAAACGUGGAUUGACGAGGAUCGAUUUAUUCGUAAAUGUAACGGUGGUGGUUUGGUGACUGUGGAUGCCUGCCUUUUGGAGGAUAACACUACACUGUUUGCCAACUCCAAAAUGGAGCGUGAUGGAAAGAUAUAUUUCUGUAGUCCAGCAGCAGACAGUAGUAUUUCUUCAAUGUUCUCCGGUUUAACAGCAUUUUUCACUCAUACAUAA